AUGGCCUGAACUGACCGGAAGCCCCCGUACAGAGGUGGCUGCUGGGGACAGCCAGGUCACCCCAACACGGGUGGGGCAGCUGCACACCCCACUUCCCACCCCAUGGGUCACAGGCCUCGAAUGUGCAUCCUGCUAUGUGCAGACCAGACCACAGGUGGCCAAGCUCUGUCUCGGGAAAUAAGCCUGGGGCCCUGGGUGGCCGGCACUCACUUCCUGGCUCUCUCUACCACCACGAGGGGCAGAAAGAAGCAGGCCUGGAUUUCUGAGCUCCUGAACAGCUCAGGAACAGCGCGGCCGCUCACAAACGCAGUGUGCGAGGCACAGACCGUUCCAGGGCCUGGCCUGCGCCCACAGGGAACUCCUGCACAUGGGCCUUCUCACAUGGGGACACUGUCCACCCCCAACCCCUGGGGCCCACAGCAGCCCCAGAACAGACACAUGUGCCCCAAAAAGGGGGUCACUGGGCCAGCGCUGCUCCCUGACCCGCCUGUGCCCUCGCCAGGGCCGCCCGCCGCCUCCCGAUAUGGCCAAACACCCGGGCGCGAGCCCCGCGUGCAGGCGCCGGGCCUGGGCACCUGUGGCCGUCCCGUCAGCGGCCGUCUUCUGUCCCUGCAUUUAGAGAAGGAGGAUGGCAAAGGGACCCGCCCGCGGACCCCUCUUACAGGUGGGGAAACUGAGGUAAGACGGUUAGGGCUGGCCGCAGGGCGUGGCGGGCCCUCGGAGCAGUCGCCCCGACCACCCGGACGGCCCCGCUCGCAGCCUUCGCCCGCGCCCGCCAACUUUUCAACCGACCGUCGCGCGCCGUUUACUUCCGCCUUGGAAGAUAAUUUCCGGGUCCCAGCAGGAAAGGGCGGGACGCGCACGGUGGCCGCCCGCGUGACGUCAGCGCUUGACGCAGCCAUCUUGGCUCCUGGCAGCGGCCGCCCAGGCCUCGGUCGUGGGCUGGGCGGCCAUGUUGGAGUCGGGCAGGGGUCUCAUAUCCGGUCGCUCUCCACUGGUGAUGAUCGAUUGCGUUUGACGGACGCGACGCUGGUCAAGAGUCCCUCGCAUUGCUCGACGUUUUCUGCAACUCCAGCAAUUGACGGUAUCCUCCCACAUGGAGGGUCUUCCCCUUGGUCCCCCGACUCCCCGGCAGGCUCCUCGGAAACCCUCUCGCAGACACACCCAGAAGCAGCGCUUUAUGAGGUCUCUAGGGAUCCCUUCACCCAGCCAAGCCACAUCAGGAUGUCCCAGGGAAGUAGCACAAACCCAAACUGCGUGUGCCCCCUUGGCCCGGAACCUCUGGGCUCUGGAGCGGCUCGGAUCUAUGGAGGGUUUGCCUCUGGAGCUUCUGCGGGAUGUCCAGUGCGCUCUGCGCUGCCCCGGGCUGCUCUCUGCCCCAAAGGAGGCUCCAGCACUGAGGAGCCAGUGGCCAGAGCACUGCCCUGUGGGGAGGCAGACCUGGUUCUCGGGACACUUGAUGUGGACGGGGACUGGCUGUCCUCUCCCUCAGCAGGGAGGAGGUGUGGCAUGGAGGGACGGCUGUCCACACGGCUGUGUUUGGCUUGGGUUCCUGGCUGGCUGUGCCACUUAUUAGGUAGCUGGCAUGGUGACCGCACAGACAUCCCCUCUGCCAUUGCUGCGGGACUGGCGAGGAUGCCGGACCGACAUGGGCUCCCCCUCCCGCUCCGUGGGUCCACGCCGGCUCCCAUGGUGGGGAGCGGCCGGCUUGGAGCCCCUGUGGGACGGAGCGGAGGUGGAGUAAGUGCCCGGAGCUCUCGGCCAUCAUGUGAGAAUGUUUUGCUCCAUGCUGAUGCCUCCCUCGGCACCGCUGUGUUGUGGACUGCGCAGCUCUCACGGGGUGGGGCGGUUCUGCCCCCAGGGAAUGCUGUCCGGCAUCUGGAGACGCCCGUGGUCUCGGCUGGGGAGCCCGGGGAGGCUGCCCAGGACCCUGCGCCCCGCAGGACGGCCCUGCCGCGGAGGACGGCCAGCCCCGAGCCCCCAGUUUCCCAGGGCCCGGGAACCCCUGCCUGCCCUGGGCGGAUCCCCGGGGCCACGCGGUUCAGGCCGCGCUCCUGCCCGCUGGGGUCUCCUGCUGUCCUCGCCGUCGCCACUGGGUGGAGCCGCGGGUCCGUGUGAUCUUCCCCGUGAUCCCGGGUUCCGGAAGGAUCCUUACCCAGCGCUGGCCCAGCCCGGCUCCCGAACUCUGGUCUCAGGACCCUUCACAAUCCUAAAACCAUUCGAGCUUUUGUUUACGUGGGCGGCCGCUGUGGACAUUCACUCUACUAGAAAUAGAGCAUUUAAAAAUGUUCACUUUUUUGCGUAAAUAUAGCAAUAAAUCCAUUGCAUGUGAACAUAACAUUUUAAUGAAAAACAACUGUUUCCCCGUAAAAAAAAUGUAGUGGGAAGAGAAA